AGUGAUAACUGUAGGUCCUUCACAAUACCGAGGUAUCAUUGGGCGAACUUUGUAUUGGAAACGCCUUCUGGUCAGGGUUGGUUGAAGGCGUACAAUUUUAUUCCACCCAGAGCUGAGAGCUUACACGGAGGGGCGGCUCGGAAACAUCUCAAGCUUGGGAGAGAAAAUACGUUAUCUGGUGCUCUGACAGGAUUACUGAUAUUCUCACGAUCUUCACCUUAUUGCUCCAAACGGUUGUCCCUCUCCCUUCUCUUUGGACUGAACAGUUAAUUGCGAGCGACAGUUUGAACACAUUACAUAGACAUGGAUAAAACGGAGCUGAUUCAGAAAGCCAAGCUGGCCGAGCAGGCCGAGCGUUACGACGACAUGGCAGCAUCUAUGAAAAAUGUAACGGAGCAGGGAGCGGACCUGACAUGCGAGGAGAGAAACCUGCUGUCAGUUGCCUACAAGAACGUUGUCGGAGCUCGGAGGUCAGCAUGGAGGGUCAUCUCCGCUAUCGAGCAGAAAACUGAGGGGAGCGACAAAAAGCUUCAAAUGGUCAAGGAGUACCGGGAGAAGGUGGAGUCGGAGCUGCGAGAGAUCUGCAACGAUGUAUUGGGACUUUUGAGCAAAUACCUGAUUGACAACGCCCCCAACUCGGAGAGCAAAGUCUUCUACUUGAAGAUGAAGGGAGACUACUACAGAUACCUGGCCGAAGUGGCUUCCGUGGAUGACAAGAAGGAGACGAUAUCCAACUCUCAAGACUCCUACCAGGAGGCGUUUGACAUCAGCAAGAAGGACAUGCAGCCCACACACCCCAUCCGCCUGGGCCUGGCACUCAACUUCUCUGUCUUCUUCUAUGAGAUCCUCAACUCUCCAGAAAAGGCCUGUGCCCUGGCCAAGCAGGCCUUUGAUGAUGCUAUCGCAGAGCUCGACACCCUGAGUGAAGACUCGUACAAAGACAGCACGCUCAUCAUGCAGCUGCUCAGGGACAACCUCACACUAUGGACGUCUGACAAUGCAGCAGAUGAGGCAGAGGCUGGAGAAGGAGGAGAGAACUAGAGCGCCCCCUGUCCUCACAGAAAAAUAAAAAGACAAAAAAGAAACCUUUUUACACAUCUUCAUUCCUUGUUGUUCCACUUGAAAUGAUUAUAGUAUUGAAAGUUCGUUGUCGCCAUGGAGCUGUGUAUGUGUGGAAAUUCAAAUCAUUUUAGUUUUCACCACUCUGCUUUUGGUAUGAAGAGGCUAAAUGAAUAACGUGAUAUCUCCAUUCUUGAGUUGGUGUUUGUCCUGGCCUCCCCGAUGUACUGUUUCUGCUCUAGAAAAGGAUUACUAGCUUCACCUAACGUUAACAUCAACUGUCUGUUUGACAUGAGACUGACAAUGAAGGAAGGAAGGAGAGAGAGAGAGAGAGUGAGGUUUGUAUCUAGGCGGGCUUGUAUGCGUCUAUGUUGAGGAAGGGAUGACAACACUGUCACCCCAUCCUCAAAUUUGACAGGAAUGUUGGUAGACCUCUAUCUCCCAUACAUGGCCCUGUAAACACCUGCCUAGUGUCGUAUGUAAACUUGAACACUCCUCUGAGGCCAUUGUUCUCAAGCUAAGUAGCAAGACCACAAGCAUCUCUGUAGAACAAAUCCAACAGGCCAUGGUCUCUUGUGACAGAUGGUCUCUCUGGAAGGUCAUGAAAAUCCCCCCCCUCUCCACCUUGUUCAUAAUAUUCACCUCAGUGUUACUUGGUAGCAUGUCUGACAAGGAAAAGGUGGCACUUUAAGACCAAAAAAAAAAAAAAGAUUAAAAAACUACAAGUACAUGCAUGGCCAUUUUUGCAA